AUGGCAGUUAUUCAACAGCAGUUAGGGGUGGCGGGUUUCUUCAUUGUGAAUUGCAAGGGAAGAUCGAGGGGUCUUGCAGGAAGGUGUGCAUGUGACUAUUCGGUCAUUCUUGGUGUUUAUGGUAACUCGACUAAUUUAUGGAAGCAUUUGUCGAAUCUUCUAAGAUGGCUUGCAGGGGAUGUGUCAGGUCCUUGGGUGUUGGGUAGAGAUUUCAAUGAGAUUGUGGCAUCCCAUGAGUAUAUGGGAAAGCGUUUUAGACCUAUGUCGCAAAUGAGGGAUUUUGGAGAUGCUUUGGAGGAGUGUGAUUUGGCUCUCAUUCCUUAUACAGGGUACAAAUACACGUAG